UGUGGAUCGCUUUGACAUAACAGGUUAGCUGUUGAGGGGCCUGCCGCUUUCUAUUGGCCAUCUGCCAGAAGUGGUGGGUCCAGGUCUCAACCGAAAAUUGUCGACUUGUACCUGGACCACAGGCAUAAUUAUGGGUCAUCGACUCCGUCAUUGAUAGUGAUACCUGCAGACAAGCCAGGUCAGCAUCAAUCGAUCAGUCCUUUCUUCCAGCUGAAUUAAACCGUCUCGAUAUCGAUCUUCUCCCGCCAAAAGAUAAGUCCUGUCCCCUUCCUUAUCCCCCCCGAGCCAAACCUAUCGAACCAUGUCCUUCAUCGAUACCUCGAAGGAUCUCUCCGCCCUCUUCAUCCAACAAGUCCGUGCCACGCCUGAUGCCCUUGCCUUGGAAGAUGACCAUUCUACAUACACCUAUGCUGAGCUGGAUAGAGAGGUUGACGCCCUCGCACGUCGUCUUCGCGGGUACGGGGUCAGUCGGGACAGUCUAGUCGGCGUACUUCUGCCGCGAAGUGCGCAUUAUGUGGUCGCGUGUCUUGCUGCCCUUCGUGCCGGAGGUGCUUUUCUCGUUCUUGAACUCGCAUACCCCCCCGUUCUUCUGGCAGAUGUCAUUGAAGAUGCCAAUCCUGCCGUCGUUCUGACUCACAGAGCCGAGGUUGGCAAGAUUAAAUCCAAUGUACCCCUUAUUACCCUCGACGAACCCCCUACCGAAAUCAACGGACACGGAAAGGAGCCCUCUCCCUUGCCCGCCGACGAUGACUUGGAUAGACUCGCUUUCGUUUCAUAUUCGUCCGGAACCACGGGCAAACCCAAGGGAAUUGCAAAUCCCCACCGUGCCCCCGUCCUCUCCUACAAUUUGCGAUUCGGCGUUCAGGACGUUCGCCCCGGUGACAGAGUCGCUUGCAAUGUCUUCUUCAUCUGGGAGAUGCUGCGGCCGCUUCUGCGAGGUGCCACUGUUGUUGCUGUCCCGGACGAUGCCAGUUAUGAUCCUGCUGCCCUCGUGGAUUUGCUUGCUGCCAAGCGGAUCACGGAAACCCUCAUGACUCCCACACUCUUGGCUACCGUGCUCUCCCGCCAUCCGCAUAUCAGUUCCCGUCUGCCGCUUUUGCGCACUUUGUGGCUGAACGGUGAGGUUGUUACAGGAGAUCUGGCGCGGAGGGCUAUCAAGGCUCUUCCCAACACACGUCUGCUCAAUUGCUACAGCGCUUGUGAAACGCAUGAGAUUGCCUGCGGAGACUUCCGGGAUAUGGUCAGUGAGGAGUCACAGUACUGCCCCGUCGGUCCUCCUCUGGACCCCGAACACGCGUAUAUCCUGGAUGAGAGCGGGAACAGAGUGCCUGAUGGCACUUCCGGAGAGCUCUUCGUCGGUGGUCCUCUACUGGCUCGUGGAUACCUUAACCUCCCCGAGACUACUUCUAAGGCGUUCUUGCCGAACCCCUUUGAUAAGACGCCCAAUGCUCUCAUGUACAGGACAGGGGAUCUGGCACGCUUGCUCCCUUCGGGUCUUCUUGAAAUCACCGGCCGUGUUGGAGCUAUGAUUAAACUUCGCGGCUACUCUGUCGUGCCGGGCAAAGUCGAAAACGCUAUCGUCAAGCAUUUAGCCGUGUCUCGGUGUGCGGUAGUUGCUCAUGGGGAAGGCCUGGAAAGACAGUUGGUCGCAUAUUUUGUCCACGAUAGCGACUCCUCUCCGGAUCGUCCGGUGGUGGAGGUGAACGAGUUAGGGCACAGCCCGGCGGCCCGUCGUACACUUUCGCCUUAUCUUGCACACUAUAUGAUGCCAUCUCUAUGGAUCGAGCUGGAUGAGCUACCUACUCACGAGGUCUCUGGCAAAGUCGACCUCAAACGCCUGCCUUCGCCGGUAAACGACAAGGGGAAGAAGGACGCUGAGCAAGAUCAUCCGAUCAGCAUCAAAGACAUUUCUGCAAUCUGGGCAACGGUUCUUAAAACAUCACGAACCCUCAUAAAACCUGAGGAUAACUUCUUUGAUCUGGGUGGACACUCUUUGUCCCUUGCGGACCUCUCCUCGAGGCUGUCGAGACACUUCGGGUUCCGCAUCCCUAUUGCUCGCCUCGCGGAGACUCCAACCCUUGCUGGCCACCUGGAAACGGUGCGCGCCAUUAGAGACGGUCAUACCGCUGCGGUGCAGGCAGACCUACCUGCCGUCCUGCGUGCAGAUGCUACUCUGGACGACGAUAUUAGACCCACCGAUGCAAAGAUAUGUCCAGUCAACGAAGCAAGCACGGUGCUUCUGACUGGUGUGACUGGGUUUUUGGGUGCCUUCCUGCUCCGUGACCUGUUAGAGAACAGCUCAGCUCACAUUAUAUGUCUUGUCCGUUUCAACGAACCUGCAGAUGACGACCAGCCUGGCGGUGUAGCCAGAAUACGCAGGAAUCUACUUGACCUGGGAAUAUGGCGUGACUCGAUUAUGGAGCGGGUCGAAAUUCUUCCCGGGAACCUGUCUCGCACUCGUUUUGGUCUUUCGCCGGAGGCAUUCGAUGAGCUUGCGGCUCGCGUUCAGGUCAUCGUCCAUGCUGCUGCUACUGUCAACCUGGUGUACCCAUAUGCUGCCUUGCGAGGUCCGAACGUAGGCGGUACAAGGGAGAUCCUUCGCCUUGCAUGCAAGGGUGGUGCUACAGUGCAGUACGUGUCUACCAACGGUGUUUUGUCUCCGUCUCUGGAGAGUGGCUGGUCUGAGGAUACCAUGCUGGACAUUACGGACGUCCCCGAAAAACUACUGGAUGGGUACGGACAAACUAAAUGGGUUGCUGAGCAGCUCGUCCUGGAGGCAGGCCGUCGCGGACUACCCGUGAAAAUCCACAGAGCAGGCACAAUUAGCGGUCACAGUUUGACUGGUGCCGCCAAUGCUUGGGAUCUCCUCUCUGCAAUAAUAGUGGAGUCGAUCAAACUGGGCUAUGCGCCGGAUGUGCAUGGCUGGCGUGCAGAGAUGACCCCGGUUGACUUCGUCAGCAAGGCAAUCGUGCACCUGGCCGCGCAGUCUCAAACCGAACAAACCGUCUUCCACCUAGGCGACCCUGAACCUGUAGACACUCGAUCGGUUUUUGACGCUCUCAAUGAGCUCGGGUACCCAACCAAGAGGCUUGAUUGGGACGAGUGGGUUGCACUUUGGACCCAGAAGAGAGGACCCGUUAAGGGUGGAGAUGGCGCGUUCACUGUCGAUAUUCUCCGCAGUGGCAUGCCAACAGUUGAUUUCCUCACUGGCAUUGUCGUUCUCAACAAUGUCGCUACCGAGCCUUUCCUUGCGGGCGUUGAUCGACCAAAGGUCGAUAGGGCUCUGCUUGAGACUUACACGCGUCACUGGUUCGCCAGAGGGUGGCUUUCACGACCUCCUGCCCGUCAGCACGCUGUUGAUGGACACAAUAGCAUUCCUCGAAGUGUGUUGAGCGGUCGUGUAGCCGUCGUCACGGGGGCGUCAUCUGGUAUUGGUGCUGCUGUUGCAACUGCUCUCGCAAAAGAAGGCUGUCAUGUUGCGCUCGCUGCUCGGCGCUUGGACGCCCUCGAAUCUCUCAAGCGCAAAAUCUCUGUCCAUAAGAGCAACAUCAUUACCCGGCAGACCGACGUCACGAACAAGAUGCAGGUCGAAGCUCUCAUCAAAGCAGCCAACGACGAACUUGGCCCUGUGGAUAUUCUUGUCUCAUGCGCCGGCGUCAUGUAUUACACCCUGAUGGCGAAUGCGCAAACAGAAGAGUGGGAGCGCACUGUUGACGUCAACUGCAAAGGUCUCCUUCACUGCUUAUCAUCGACAGUGCCAGGCAUGCUUUCGCGAGGCAGCGGACACAUUGUGGCCAUCUCCUCCGACGCGGGACGUAAAGUCUUCCCGGGCCUGGGAGUGUACUCGGCCAGCAAGUUCUUCGUCGAGGCUACAUUGCAAUCUCUACGCUUAGAGACAGCCGGAACCGGCUUGCGCGUGACGAGCGUCCAACCUGGAAACACAGCGACAGAACUGCUCGGAAUGUCCACAGACGCAGAAGCAAUCAAGAAAUAUGGAGAGCCGUCUGGUGCAAAGAUCCUCGACCCGGAGGAUGUCGCGAACUCAAUCGUCUAUGCACUGCGGCAGCCUUCACAUGUUGCUGUCAAUGAAGUUCUGAUUGAGCCUAGAGAUGAGCCGAUUUAAUCUACCGCAGAUUUGGUAGUAGCUUCACGUACACUGUUUAUACGCAUGGUAUGAUGUCAAUCGUGUAGAUACCAGAGAUAUUAAUCAUAAUACAAAUAGACAUUGUUGGAC